GUGGUUUUGUUGUUUAAAUUCUUUUUUCAUAAGUCGUAUAACCGAACGUGUACUAUCACGCAUGCUUAAAGCAAAUUAACAAAGGUCAUGAGGAUAAUUGCAGAUUUCUCAGGAGCUUGCUUAGCCCAGCCACAACCCCCGACUAAUGUGCACAAGACCGUGGAGGGCGGCAGCAACAACUCCGGAAGUUGGAAAUGCUGUAAACACUGGCAGGUGUUUCGCAACUUGAGGGCGUAUGUUUGAACACGUGGGUGCUGUGUGGAUAUGAUGAUCCUUUUUUCGCAUAAAACUAGCAGAAACAAAUGGCGAAGAACUCACUCGUGCCACUUCCCAUAGUAGCAGCAGCAGCAUUUUGGUCGCUGGCUCUCAUCACUCUUGGGGUAUGUCAUAUCACCCGCACUCGGACCCACUGCACGGCUGAAGCUGCCAAGGCGAUGCUGGGACCACGAAACACCGAUCAUGAAGCCGAGAUCCGUUCCCGCAUCCAUCCUCAUGAGCACUUCGCUCUAACAUCCUCGAGUGCAAUACUCGACCCCUCUAGACACGACAGCUUCAUACAAGACGCAAGAGCAUUGAUUGCCUCCGUCAGCCCCCAGCAAUGUGCCGGGUGGCAAAAAUUCGUCAAAUGUGCUGAAAAAUGCACAGAGAUUUUCCUUCCUAAUCGAGAAGUCGACUUCGCCGCUUUCAUACAAAGCGUCAUUUUCUGCAUCAUAAUUACUGGAUUCUACGGUGUCGAUCCUGGAACCCUUUCCCCUGUCGAUGUCGCCUUCAUGACAAAUGCACUCAACCGCCAUUCGGUUUGCGCCUCGCAGCAAAGUUCCCUUCCUCCUGACGAACUUUACGCGAUGAUGAGGGAACGUAUUUGUACAUGGGUCGGGGAGGAGCGCGCCACUCGAGCCCUGGAAACCAUUCUUCCCGCAUAUGAGUCCAUGUGGCGUGUCGCUGCUGUCACAUUGGCCUAUGCAAAAGGAAACCAACACACGUGCAAUGCUUUCCUGGAUUUCAGCGAAAACCCCACCCAGAAGCAAUUCCGUUCUUUCAAAGUCAAAAACACUCGACCGAGCGUAGAAGCCAUCAUCAACGAAGUCCUGAGGUUGCACCCGCCCAUUCGGCGCAUUGCGCGCAAAACCAGACACCCUUGGUGGGAGAGGGUGUUUUACCCCACGCAGGAGAUAGCGGAUAUAGGAGCUAUUCAUCGCUCGCGUGUAUAUGGCGCGCAUCUAGAGACCUUCGAUGCGAUGCGCUUCUAUUCUCAGCAUGAACAUCAGUACAUGCGACUGCUCGCUUUCGGACACGGCGGGCUAAGCUGCGUCGCGGCAGAAUGGGCGCCCAUGGCUACAGCACUGAUUGUUGCCAAAAUUAUUGACAAAGUGGAUGAUGUCCGUUAUGUUUUCGCGGGGAAGGCAUUUGAUGCAAGGGUGUGUGAAAAUACGAGGAUGGGAUGGGAUGGGUGUGUGGUCAGAAAGAAAGAGAGGGGGAUGGUUUCUUGAGGUUCCUCCUGCGGUGUUGCGCUAUCAGGAACAUUCAACGUCAGCAUAUGCAUAUCUAUUUAAAUCUAUAUACCUAUGACAUUAAUAGUAGUGGUGAAGCGUAAUUAUUUUGGCCAUAGGAGCUUCCCAUGGCGAAUUAGAAUGGUGUUCCUGUAACUUGUCUGCCGGAUGGGAAUAGAAUCACAAAACGUAGUGCUC